AACUACUUAAAGAACCCCUCGCCAACCUGUGUUGUUGCUGACAAAUCUUCCUCAUACACACUCUCAGCUUCACUUCACUUCAUUCCAUAGAUUUCGACCUCUUUUCCUCCAACUCAUCGAUGGAGAAGCCGAAAAAGCUCCAUGCGGCGCUCCUCUCGAGCCCCGGCAUGGGCCACCUCAUCCCCGUCAUCGAGCUCGGAAAGCGCCUCGUCGUCCACCACGGCUUUGAGGUGACCGUCUUUGUCCUCUCCUCGCAGGCCUCCCACGCCGAGGCCGAGAUAAUCGAGUCCACCAUGACCCCCAAGCUCCUCAACGUCGUGGAGCUCCCGCCUCCCGACCUCUCGGCUGCGACCCUUGGCCCGGAUGCCGGCGUGAUCAUGAGGCUCGUGGUCAUGAUGCGCGAGGCCCGGCCGGCGUUCAGGUCCGCACUCGCAGCGAUGGAGGCCCGGCCAGAUGUCCUCAUCGUGGACUUGUUCGGGACGGAGCAUCUGUGCACUGGCGAGGAGUUGGGGAUCCCCAAGUACGUCUACGUCCCUUCCAAUGCGUGGUUUCUUGCGUUGCUCCUACACUCGCCGACGCUAGACAAGGAAGUGAAGGGAGAGUACGUGGACCGGACCGAACCGCUCGAGAUCCCGGGUUGCAAGCCGGUCCGACCAGAGGAUGUGGUGGACCCGAUGCCGGACCGGUUGGACCAACAGUACCGCGAGUACGUGCGGAUGGCUGGCGAGACCCCGACGGGAGAUGGGAUCUUGUUGAAUGUGUGGGAGGAUUUGCAGGCGGAGACGCUCGCCGCGCUGAGAAAUGAGGAGUUCUUGGGCCGGGUUGCGAACGGUCCGGUGUAUACGGUUGGGCCGCUCAUUAGACCGGUCAGACUGGCCGGUUUGGGGAAGGAGCUGCUGGAAUGGUUGGAUAAGCAGCCGAGCGAGUCGGUGAUAUUCGUCUCGUUUGGAAGUGGAGGGACUUUGUCGGCUGAGCAGCUGGUGGAGCUGGCAUGGGGAUUGGAGCUGAGCCAACAAAGGUUUAUAUGGGUACUCCGGCAAUCAACAGUCAAAUCUCCUGAUGGAUCCUUCUUUGAUGCGUGGAAGGGUGGCGCCGGCGAUGAAGUUUUGUGCUUUCUGCCGAAUGGAUUCACGACACGUACUCGGGAAAUAGGAUUGAUACUCCCAUCAUGGGCCCCACAAGUGGAAAUCUUGAGCCAUCCGUCCGUGGGCGGCUUUCUAUCUCAUUGCGGAUGGAACUCAACCCUGGAGAGCAUAGUGAACGGAGUGCCCAUGAUUGCCUGGCCACUGUAUGCCGAGCAAAGGCUAAAUGCGACGUUCCUCACGGAGGAGAUCGGGGUGGCGGUCCGACCAAAGGAGCUGCCGUCGAAGAAGAUCGUGGGGAGGGAGGAGAUAGAGGAGUUGGUGAGGAGAAUAAUGAAAGAAGGGCACACGACAAGAGCUAGAGUCAAGGAACUCAAGACUAGCGCAGAAAAGGCCGUGACAAAAGGUGGUAGCUCUUACAAGUCCUUAUGUAAAAUGAAGGAAGAUUGCCACAUGAGGAUCCACCAUAUUAAGAAAGCUCGUUAAGGCGUUGCAUGCAUGUAUAACAUCAGUAGAAUGGAUAUAAUAAUGUAGAUUCACAAUACGAAGCUUGAAUUGCCAAAGGUCUUUAUCUUGGUACAGGAAAUAGUUGCACCUAGAUACAUCGGGAAUAAAGGACAUAACUCUUUAUGUUUCAA